AUGUCUCCUACAGUAGAAAAGGCUGAAAAACUUCGCUCGGCCGUCAAGCUGCUCAGCGACGCAUCGGAGAGUCUGAUCCAGUCUUGGAAGGAGGACGAACAACGCUCGAUCAAUGGUACCACUGCGGCUAGGGGAGCUCCUAGCACACAGUCUUAUGACGCAGUCCGCACUAUCAUCGGCGCCUUUGGAGUCAUAGAGGAACUUGUGCAGGUGCCCCAAACUCGACUGGCCACCAUGAGCAUGCAGUACCUCGAGGCCAGAGCUCUGCACAUCGCGAUCCAGCUUCGCAUCGCUGAUUUGCUGGCGAAAGCGGAUCAGACGAUCGGCAUGCCGCUGUCAGAGCUCAGCGCGCACACUGGAGUCGUGGAGCAGAAACUAGGACAAGUCAUCAGACUUCUUUGCACGAGCCAUGUAUUCCGCGAGGUGCAACCUGGUUACUUCGCGAAUAAUUGGAUUAGUGAAGUGCUCGCAAAUAACGAGAUCCUCCGCGCAUCUUUGCUCACAGGGCUCAUGACCGUCCCGCCCUGCGUCGCCCUACCUGAAGCCCUGCUACAUCCCAAGUUCGGUCCCUCCGACUCCCCUGUCGAGACUGCCUUCCAGCUGGCGCACAAGACGAACUUGUCGUUUUGGGACUGGAUGGAAGAAGAGAUUGAAUUGCCGGACGGCACCAGAGGAAAGCGGCCGGAGCUCGAGCUUUUCGGUCUCGGAAUGCUGGGAGGUGGACGUGCCAGGGGCUCAGCUUGGCUCGUCGAUUAUCCUUGGCAUGAACUCAGUAACGCGACGAUCGUGGACGUCGGAGGAGGUGUUGGGGGCAUGUGCCUCGACCUCGCCCAUAACUUCCCCAACAUGAAGUUCGUCGUGCAAGACCGCCCCCAGACCGUCAUCCAAGCCAAAGAAAUCUGGGAGCGCGAAAUCCCGGGCGCAGAGGCGAAGGGCACCGUCCGUCUGAUGCCGCAUGAUUUCUUCAACGAGCAACCAGUGAAGGGCGCCGAUGUAUACCACCUGCGCAACAUCCUGCACGAUUGGUCGGACGCAUACUGCAUCCGGAUCCUCAAAGCGCUCCGUCCGGCGCUCACUGCCCCACGAAGCCGGAUCCUCAUUUCGGAACUCGUGCUCAACACCACACUUGGAAGCCCGCACAUUACCCCUGCGCCGCCCCCAUUGCCUGCAAACUACGGAUACGCCCAGCGUCAGCAUCACAUGGCCGACAUCGCCAUGCUAGGACUGUUCAACAGCGCGGAGCGCACACCAGAGGAUUGGGAACGCCUCGCUGACGCAAGCGGACUCGUGAUCAAGCGCGUGUGGGAGACGAGGGGGAGCCUCUGCAUCAUGGAGCUGGUGGUGAAAGAUUAG